AUGGCGCCUUGCCUGCGCCACGCCUGGCGCGCCUCGCCUGCGCCAGACCUAGCGGUGGGCGACGAGACGGUGCUGACCCUGGGAGGCGAGCAGCCAGCACCUGUUGACCUCGGCGAGCUGGGGGAAGCUGCGCAGCGCCGCCAGCUGGCGCAGCUCCAGGAGGCGCUGGCGAAGGGCGGCGCCAGCCGGCUGGAGCACUAUGUGCACAACGUGGUGGGCGCCCUCAACCUGGCGCCCGCCAUGUUUGGGCAGCGCGAGACCUACCUGGAUGCAGUACGGCGUCGGCAGGACCGCGAGGCGCUGGCGCAGCUGCGCACCGGGUCGCAUUGGGGCGCGGAAGAGACCGGCCGCUGGACGCGGCGCCCCCGAGAGCAGCGAGUCUGCCCCCACUGCCACGACGGCAUUGAAGAUGCCCCCCACAUGCUGCUCACCUGCCCCCUUUACGCCCCGCUGCGCCUCAACUUUCCUGACCUGUUUGCUGAGCCCCAUCCUCCCCACCGCUUCCUCCGCCAGAAACCGUGCCGCCUCGCCGCCUUUGCUGCCGCCUGUCACCAGCGCUGGCUGACCGCCACCGUUGCGCUGCCUGCAGUCCCGCCCUGA